GAAUGAAAAGAAAAUAACCGAAAACGGCAAUGAAAAAAAAAGCACACACACACCCUGCGACUGAGUGUGUGAGCGAGAGAGAGAGAGAGAGAGAGAGAGAAGAAGCCGCGCAUAUGAAAUGAAAAUAAAAACAAGGAAAAAGAGCUAACGACGAAGUGUAUGUGUGUGUGCAUUUGACUGUUGAAAUCAAUUUGUUAGCAAAGCAGUCAUGAUAGAAGCAUACACAUAUGUACAUUGACAUUGAACUUGAAUAUUUUUACAUUGUUUUUAUUAUUUUGACUUCGUUUGCGGUAUUCGUAAUGUUUAUUAUUGUUAUGUAUUUGCCAUUUGGCGCCCAUGUUAUAUUCCUUAUGUUUCAACAGCAGCAGUAGCAGCAGAGUGUGCGCGCGCACGUCGUAUAAGAGCAACGCGAGAUAUCAUUCGUUCUUUUCGCUUUGCUUUCCUAUGUAUAUUAUACAGAUUUUUUUUCCCUCUCAUUUCAUAUCACACAUUGAGAUUAUUGACCGUCGCUUUGAGCUUAUGCAUUUGAGUCUGAAUGAAUGGAUCGUGUUCGAGUGAGCGGCGAAUCUAAGCGAUUCUAAAGUAAAUCAGAGAGAUAAAAAUACGAAAGAAAAAAAAACAAUCGCAAAUUUGGCAUUGACCAAUGUUCAGCAGUCUGUGUGAAUCAUUUACCUCAACGAACGUCGCGGAUGAAAUGAAAAAUAAAACAACGUUUACUUUCAAUGCUGAAUGUAAAUAUUUGCUCUGGUCUUUGAUCAUGUGGAACAUUUCAAUUCAUACAAAAUGUUUCACAGUUUAUCGACAGAAUACAGACUUUGCUUGCACAUAUCAGUCACUGAGUCACUAAGUCGAAUUUAUAUCGCUUACAAACAGACCGGAUCUGAAGCAAAAAAAAAAACAGAAACAGAAACAAUAUUUUUUCUUUCGGUGAUUCCAGCAUAAAGUCCCAUCAAAAGAAAAAAAAUUCCAUGUGUUUCCAUUGAGACAACACUAACUGGACUGAUCAUAUUUUUCGUGUUUUCGACUUAGACUUUGAUUGCGUCAAUCAAACGGCGUGCGAAGUUGUAAGACAAAAACGCAACGAACUGCAUGUGGAAUGCAAAUGUUCCGUCGGCUAAACGGCAAACGCAACAGGUUUGCACACAGCAUGAAACGGCACCACGUUGCGGAAGACUUGACGAUGAUCCGAUCCGAUGGGACACGACUUGCAUACGCACGAUGAUGAUUCCGUCACGAUCAUUGCCGAUGGCAAACGGUGGUCGCUUUCGCAAAUGACGACGCAAGCAUAUCAACAUGUGCUUCUGCUCAGAAUAUUGCUCUUGGCACACUGAGAAGUGAUCAAUGAAUUUACUACACAGCCAUUAAGUUGUAACGGGCAUGCGAUCAAUGCGCUCUCACUUGAGCCUCUGUCAUGUCGCUGUGUGGCCGCAUCGCGGAAAAAAUUCAACAAUGAAAUGCAUCAAACCACCGUGCGUCAACAUGUAAACAAAUGCCGAGAGAGUGCCGAAUGCCUCAAUGUGUUUUUAGGUAGUUAACUCUUGCGCCCACAAUCGGCACCGCAUUUUUCAAGAUAUUCUAUUCCGUACGCGCGUGUUACGUUACGUAUAGUAAAAUGCAAAGUUGCUCGAUUUCUAGAGUAUCACUGGUGUGUGUGAGUGUGUUUUUUUCGUCUUCUUCGGUGUGCUUGAUUGUGUGUGCUGCCAGCGAUAUCGAUAGACAACCGUGCGCGCAACCUCAAAACGUUCGCAACGAAACGCAACCAAACAGCCUCGACGAUCGCAUAUGUAUGAUAUGGCCGAAUCGUAUGCAUAUACUCGUCGUAUUCUGCGUAUGGCGCAUAUAUAAAUAUAAAACGCGAAACUUUCACCGAAUUUAAGCUAGAACCAAGCACAUUAUCAAAGGUAAAACAUCGAUUCGAAUCGAAGCAGGCGAGCGCAGCAGAGAUACGAACAGAAAAACUUACACACUCCGAGCAUAUACUCACAAUUCAGUUCGAUUGAGCGAGCGAAAUCAGCCUAAAGUCUCUUUUCGUUGCGAACAAAAUCAAACAGAUUUCUGUGCGCUAAGUCAGUUGUGUGAAGUGAACACACUGGAACGAACGUGUGACUACGCAGCUCCAAGUUUUUUUUUCUCUUUAUUUUUAAAUAUCGACAGUUUGUUAAUUUUUUUCUUGGCCCGAUGAAAUUUUUCUUGGCCCCGCAUUCAGUGUGUACGCAACCAGAGCAAAUUCAAUCGAAUUUUUCGACGAAAAUUAAUUUAACAACCACAAAUUCUAAAAAACCAAAAGCCCAAAACAAUUUUAGCAGUUUUAAUUGAAAUCGGUUUAAAAGCUAAUCCAAAUUUUAGAAAAUCUCGUUAAAAUCAAAAUUUGUGAUAAAACGAUACAAACAGCUAACAAAUCAAAAAUACCUAAUUAAUUCUGCAUAAGAUCGAUAACAUUUUGAAGAGAUAAUUUUUUUCGCUUUUCCACAUAAAAUUUCGUUAAAUCUUUAAAAAAAAAGACAAGUGAGUGAACUUUUUUGUGAAUAAAGAACUAGAAACUUCAGAUAACUCCAAAAUUAACGCAGAAAAAAAAAUUCCGAAUUUUUUUUUUUUCGUUCGAGGACAUUUCGAAAACCGAUCUCUUGUAAUAAAUCUUCAUUUUUUUUCGUGAAGUCUAAAGAAGCAAAAAUUGAAAAGUUCAAGUUUACCAGAUGAACUGAUUGUCAAGUUGAUAAAUUAUAACAAGAGACAGCUCCGUCAGAGAAAUCGCAGUGUGUUGAACAGAGAAAAAAGCAAAUCAUCAGCAAGACAUUUUAAUUGAUUUUUCGUGUACGAACGAUGUUAUAAAAAAAUUGUGCAGCCGGCCCAUUUAUUCCACGUUCUUCUGAUCCUGAAUUGAAUUGACGACGUCGUUGAAAAAGAAAUCGCUACCGAACAACCGUGUACUGCAAAUUAAUUAAACGAUCAGAGCGCCAAAGUAAAACAAAUCGUAUUGAUUAGCAAUAACAUUGAUUGAUAAACUUUUGGACUACGAACUGAAACAGGCCAAAUGAAAUAAAACUUGGCAUGUAUUUUUGUUUUUGAAAGCGCAACAAAUUUUUUUAUUUUUUUUUCUGGUUUUACAUAAAGAAAACUGUGAUAUCAAUGGCUAACACAAAAGAUUAUUCAGACUGUGAGACAUUUCAAUAAACAACAUAACGAAGAAGAAAAAAACCCAAAAACGACGCGAGAGAAAAUAGAGACAUUGCUGCAUAUAGGAGAGACAUACAUAGCGAGAGUAGCAAAUUAGUCAAGAGAAAUUUGCACCAUUUCCGAUUAACAUAAAAAUUGAUGGGUUUCAUCUUCGGUCGUCACACAUCAUUCAACACAUGAAAUAUUUAACUGUCAAACGUUUUUUUUAUUUCUUUAUUCGUCAGUUGUGAAAUCAAUUCGAACACAUUUGCUAAAAACGCGUAACCAAAACCAUUCGGCAGCCCGUUAAAAGUCAAAUAUCGUCGCUGUUAUACUAUUUCCUUUUUCGCUAUUGUUCGAGUUGAGUGUGUGAAUUGACAGUUUAAAAUGUCCGACUCCGGUACGCUUCGUCCAACAGUGAAUCGUGUUGUUCGCGAACUAGUGAAGCAAGUGGGCAUUUUCAAACCGAAAUUAGACGUUGCGUUUGCAUCGAAGAACGGCGACAGCUAUUCAGGCGAAGUGUAUCGCAUCAUUUUGCGACCCGACGAAAAGGAGCUCGAAGAUCAUGCCAAUAAUAAUGUCGAAAGCAUCAUAAACAUUCCGCACGAAAUUCGUCUCAUCGCUAAAAUACCACCAAAGAGUCAUUAUCGCCGUCAAGUGUACAACAGUGCACGUCAUUUUGCGCGCGAACACUACAUCUACGAAUAUGUUUUUCCGGUAUUUGAAAAAUUCCAACGGCUUCAUUUGAAGGAACAGUACAUUUUUAAGCACUAUCCAAGAUGUGUGGCCGCCAGUUCGGUGUACGAGGACGAGUAUGUGCUGUUGAAUGAUUUGAGUUUGCAAGGUUUCCAAAAUUCCGAUCGUCCGACCCCAUUGCAUUUCGAUAAGUGUGUGGCUGUGCUAAAAACCAUUGCCAAAUUCCAUGCAAUUUCAUUUGCGAUGAAAGAUCAACAGCCCGAAAGAUUAGCCAAAUUGACAUCAAAACUCACGGAAAUCAUGUUCACCAAACCAAUCAAUAAAUCGUUUGAAAAUUUCUUGAAGAAAAAUGUGGAAUACUCGUUAACCACAUUGGAUCCCGAAAAGGACAAAGUCAUUAUCAAAAAAUUGCUGGAAUUCCGCGAAAACUAUGCCAGUUUCAUGGUUGAAUGCUGUGCCGAAAAAGAAGACGCUAUCGUACUCCAUGGUGACUGUUGGAUCAGCAAUAUGAUGUUCCGUCGAAAUCAUAAUUCACCUGACAAAUAUGACAUAACAUUCUUGGAUUGGCAAGUGGUUCGCAGCGGCACAGUGGCUAUUGAUCUGUCAUAUUUCAUCUUUUGCUGCACAGACGCUGAAGUGAGAAAACGUUUGCCCGAAUUAAUGCGAAUCUAUCACAAUCACUUGAUUCAGCGAAUCGAUGAGUUUGGCAGCAAUGGUGCAGCACUGUUCCCAUAUGAGAAGCUUGAAUGGCACAUGAAGAAAUACGCCAAAUUUGGAUUAGGUAUGGCGUUGAUCACAUUACAUGCAACAUGUUGCAAGUCAAGCGACUUAGCCGAUGUACAAACCGGAUUGGAUGAAAUGGAUUUGAAUGAUAUCGAUAAAUAUACGUUGCCAUUGCUGGCGAAUCCGGCCUACAAAAAGCGAAUGGCCGAUGUUUUGCGUGAUUUCCAACGGCUGGACUAUUUCUGAUUGCCCAACUCUAAGUUUCACCCGCCACACACACAAGCGCACCCACUCACGGGACGUGACAAAACAUACAAACGAAUUUAAAUGUAACAUGUAAAUAGAGAACGUUGAAAGCGUUGACGAAGCGAAAACAAACAAAAUCGAACACAACAAAAAAAAAUACGACCGUCCGCAACGAGGAAAAAAACCGACAAACAAAAAAGCUAAUGAAAUUUGUAACAAACACAAAUGAGAAAAAAAAAACUUUGUGUACACAUUGCGGACACAAACUAUUCUCAUCGAUUAGGAAUAAUUUGACAAAAAACAAACAAAACCAAUCCAAUUGCGAUCGCAUGUGAUAUGCUCGAACAAAACAAUUCGAAAAAACGACGUGUACAAAUAAAAACCACUCUGGACAUAGGGCGAAAGAGCAAACCAAAAAAAAACGAAGAAUAAAACACAAACAUGGAAAAAUAAGUUCAAAUCCCGAGCUUUUUUUAGAACAACCGAAGGAAAUAUUUGAUAUGUGAUGUAAAUAAGUUACAGCUAGUGUGAAAACACAUUGAAUUUAGGGGUGCUUCCAUUCAGAUCCAUGCUCAGCACCGCAUUCUUUCAUUCCGUCAACUUUAUACAUAAAAAUGGUAUGACAACAAAUCAAUCAAUCGAAAAAGGGUUGGAAAGAAGUUGAAUAAACAUCAACAUCAACAAUGAGAGAUAAUCAAGGGGCGGCUUUCGGUUUUUGAUCACUGUUUCGUUUUUGUUGUUUUUGUUAUUAAGUUUCUUUUGUCUUUAAUUCAUAAGAUCCGCCAUUUGUGUGUUCAUAAUUAACAUACUGUUUAACGAUUUUACUAUUAAUACAUAUUAAGUAGACACAAAACACAACGAUUUGAACGUUCAACUCUGCACGUUCGCUUCCAUUUCAAUGAAACGGUGAAACGGUGCGAUCAAUGAUACAUUCGCUAAUUCACACUCACACACACACACACACACACACACACAUACCAACCUAUUUACAUACAAACAUUUGUGAUUUCGAUGAUAUUCUUGAUUCAAAAUCCGAGCUUAUUCCCAAAAAUGAAUGCUAACACAACUUUAAUCUAAACGACAACAAUGCAGAUCAUUUGCAAAUCUGAAACCCAAAUAGCAAUUAAAGUAACGUUUUUUUGUUGUUGCAAAAUUACGAGUGACAACAGUCCUCAAAUGGCGUUAUUUCAAUCGCUCCUGUAUACGAUAAUAGAAAUGUACGAUUCAGUAUUUGCUGCACAACAAAAUGCAUAAAAUGCCAUCAACGAUGGCAAGACAAUACGUUUGAAAGAGAAAAAACUCACACAUUUUCACCGAAAUGAAUUGGAUAUUGAUGAAAGACAGCAUAGAUUUAAAAUUCAAUCAUUCCGAGCAACAAAAAAAUAUAGAAUAAUCUCAAAUGUUCUCGCUCGUGAUUACAACGACAAAUAAGCCCAAUGACGUGUAUUCAAAAUUUGAAUCACGAAAAGCAGUAUUUAACGCAAGAGAACUAUGUAAAAUGCUCGAUUUGCAAACCAAUUUCUAUUUCGUCAAUCUGAUGAAUUUCCAAUGAAUUCCAUCAAGAAAUAGGCACAUAUAAUACGCAAAAUUAGUACAAAUUUAAAAAUUACAAUCCAAACGAGAUACGUAAAAUUCAUUGUAAUUUUUAUUUAUUGAAUCAUAAGAUUUUUUUUUAAUAAUUUUUUUUUCUCUCUCUUGUUCUUGUGGACUAAGAUAAGACAUGAUAUACAAAACGCAUACCCACACACAAACACAAACACACACACACACACACAUACAAAAUCAUUUCAAGUAAAGUGGAGGAAAAAAAAAAUUUUGUUAAAAAAAAAAAAUCGAUUGAAUUUGCUUUAGUUGUGUAGAAAUUAGUUGUAUGAAUACUAUGUAAAGUUGUUUCUUUGUAUUUACUACAAUUUUAUUUAAAUGAAAAUUAAGCGAAAGAGAAAAAAACGAUGAAAAAAAAGAAACAAAAAAAUGAAAAUUGCAACAGAAGCCCUAAAAAUUAUACGAUUUAAUGAUAUUUUAUUCUGUACAUUUCUAACUUAACAUGUAAAAAAACCCACAUAACAACGAAAAGCAUCCUUCAAACUGUUAUAUAUAUAAAUAUAUAUAAUAAUCAUUAAAUAUCUAAUCGUGUGAAUUGAACAUUAAGCUAAGAUAGAUGUAGUUUCUGUUCGACUUUCCUUCUCCAUCCCCCGCUCCCCCUCUCUUUCUACAAAUGAGAAAGUCUCUUGUUUAUUAUAAAUAUUUCCAUGUCUUUUUAAUUGUUUUGUUAGAACACAACACAACGAACACCUCUUUCUUCUCUAUCAGAGCAUUCUUGUAUCUUUUGAAGGAAAUUCUAUUGGCUUAAACAAUCGACAGAUGACUACAAUUGUUAAUUAGUUUAAAUUAAGAUAUAUCUAUAUAUAUUAUAUAUGAAAGAAAAGCGAAAAACUUUUAAUUUAAAUAAAAAUCCAUUAUGAUGUUGAUUUUAAA